AAGGCGGAAGAUGACGUUGCUUAGCAACCAAGGUCCUAAACAAGCGCGAGCUCCGGAGCGAUAUUAGCCACUAGCAAAUUAGCAUCUAAACCACUAAUAAUUACGCUUACCAUAGCGUUUGAUAAUUUUUAUUUUAUUUUUCCGUUCACACACUAAUGCAAUGGCAGGCAAGAAGAAAGAAGCGAGUCUGCAGGCGUCUGUCACAAAUCAAGAGCAGUGGGAGGAGAUGCUUGCAACCAAAGGUUUAGCAGUUGUGGAUGUCUACCAGCAGUGGUGCGGACCCUGUCGAGCUGUGGUCAGUCUGCUGAGGAAAAUAAAGAACGAACUGGGUGAUGACCUGCUCCAUUUUGCCACCGCUGAGGCAGACAGCAUUGAUGCCCUGGAGAGGUACAGAGGCAAAUGCGAACCCACCUUCCUGUUCUAUGGGGGCGGUGAACUGGUGGCUGUUCUGAGAGGUGCCAACGCGCCUCUGCUUCAGAGGAUGAUUGUAGAAGAACUGGCCAAGGAAAAGUUGGUUCUGGAGCAAGGUGGUGAGCGCAGAGCGAUUAAAGACGAUGGUCUAAUAGAUGAUGAGAAGAAAGAGGACGAGACGCCACGGCAGUCAGAGAAUGAUAUACGCAUAAUUGUUCCUGCUAGUAAAUCGUACACGGUUGCCGUUAUCAAACCAGAUGCUGUUGCUCACGGCAAGGCAAAUGAGAUCAUUAUGAAGAUCCAAGACGCCGGGUUUGAGAUCCUGGCCCACGAGGAACGAACACUGACGGAGGUUGAGGCUCGAGAUUUUUACCAGCACAAAGCAACAGAGACUGGCUUCGAGGACUUAGUGCAGUUCAUGUCCAGCGGUCCCUCCCAUAUUCUGAUACUUUCCCAAAUCGAGGGCUCGUCCAACGUUGUGCCUGCAUGGCGUGAGUUCAUUGGCCCAGCAGACGUAGAGGAAGCCAAGAGUCAGAAGCCCGAAAGCUUGCGGGCACAAUACGGCACACAGACACCGUUCAAUGCAGUGCACGGUAGCGAGGACAGCAACCGCGCCAGCAGGGAGCUCGCCUUCUUCUUCCCCAACUUUACCACGGCCUCGGCAACCGAGCAGGAUGGGGAGGAAGAGCGUGUGGAGAGGACACUGGCUCUCAUCCGGCCCGACGUUGCCAGGGAGAACAGAGAGGAGAUAUUGGCGGAAAUCCACAAGUCAGGCUUCACAGUGGCCAUGCAAAGAGAGGUGAUGUUGACAGAGGAGCAGGUCACACAGUUUUACUCCCAACAUCUUGACAAGGACUACUUCCCUGCUCUGCUCCGCAGCAUGACCAGUGGGCCAGUGCUUGCGUUGGCUCUAGCCCGCACAGGAGCUGUCCAUCACUGGAGGAGCCUCCUUGGUCCUCCUGACAUUAAAACAGCCAAAGAGGAGAGUCCUGACUGUCUAAGAGCCCAGUUUGCUGUGGAGAACGAGCCCAUCAACCAGCUACACGGCAGCGCGAGCCCCGAGGAGGCCGAGCGAGAGAUCAGCUUCUUCUUCCCUCCGCAGCGGACGCUGGCGGUGAUCAAACCCGAUGCCAUGGAGGCGCACAGAGAAAGCAUUUUGGAGGAGAUCCACGCCAGGGGUUUCUCUGUGGCGCAGCUGAAGGAGACGGCGCUGUCCAGAGAGAUGGCGGAGGAGUUUUACAAGGAGCACCGGGAGAAGCCUUUCUUCAGCCAGCUGGUGGAAUUCAUGAGCAGGGGGCCGUGUCUGAUGCUCAUCCUGACUAAGGACAAUGCAGUGGAGGAGUGGAGGGCCCUCAUGGGCCCCACAGACCCUGACCAGGCUAAAGCCGCAUCGCCAAACUCUCUCAGGGCCCGCUUUGCCUCCGACAUCCUCCACAACUCAGUCCACGGCUCCUCCAAUGAGCAGCACGCAGAAGCAAAGAUCCGUUUUAUUUUCGGUGAUAUCAGCUCAGACGCUGAGAUCCCCGAUGAUGGAGGCAGUGACAGAACCGCUUCAGAGCGAGUCAGUUCUGGAGAUGAAAACACAGAUUUGUCCAAAUCUCCAGUUGAAGAAAUGUCUGACAACCAUCACCAGCAACAUGAAGAUGCUUCACAUGAUUCUAACUGUGGCAGCCCACAGACAGGAGAGAGUGAUGACCCAGAUCCCUGCAGCUGAAUCAGUAGAUCAGUGUUUUCUAAAAAUAUUUGCUUAUUUAGCAACAUUAUGGAAUCAUUUUUGCUGUAUCCUUCAGCUGAGCCAAAAUUGUUCAACUGAUUUCAUCCAAGCAGUUUACAUAAAUGUAAAGACUUUU